AUGAGUCGUCGAUACUCUUUCAAUUCUGAACCUGACGAGCGCGACCCCCUCGACAAUUCAAACCACCCAAACUAUCGCUACGUACAUUCCAAUCAGCAACAACACUCUCCCUCCCGUCCAACUUAUCCCUCUCGUUCUUCCCAUCCUUCCUCGCCAACAUCGCAGUCUCAUUUCUACCAAGAUUCUCCUGCUUCCUCUUCCGAGUCGUAUCGCCAUCCAGCGCAUCCUUCACCCACGAGAGCAUCAGUACACCCCGGCGCUCACCCCGACUCAGCAUUCAAUAGGCUACGCCAGAAUAGAUAUAGCGGAGGGGUAGAAAGAGUCGCUGCGCCUAGGACUGCGAUUCGAGCUGGAGCGGGAGCGGGAGCUGGAGUCGGAGUCGGAGUCGGAGCUUUAGCUGGGGGAGCCUAUGCUGCGGGCCACCCAUCUUUAUCUGGACCCGUCCCGCCGUCUCAUCGCGAGAGCAAUAUAUCUACUUGGGCACCCGAGCCACCUCAGUCUAACAUCACUCCCGGUGCCGACAAUUUUAGCGAGGCUGCCGCUGGUGGCAUGUCUGGUCUAGCUAUGAGUGUUGCUGAUAAGAACGCACGACAAAGUGGACUGGAAGCUAUGAGACAAGCUCAGCAGUAUACAGGACCGCAGCGCCAGCAGGCCCCUUACUCAGAUGCCUACCAAGCUACACCAUCGGAGCAAGCUCCCUACGAUGAGCCCCAGAGUCACGUAUACGAUCGAGGCUAUGACAUAUCGCCGGGAUACGGGCCCGGUCCCUAUCCCCCAUCCGGUCAGGCCUACAAUUCCUCGCCCAGUCUAGCUCCAUCAGCAACUGCGGCCGUGUCUCAUUCGGGCCAAGGGACGCCAACCUGGGGCAUGCCGGGCUACCCUGGUGAUCCGUUCCGGGAUCCUCAUAUGGCGUACGGGCAGAGGAUGGAUCCUAGGCUCGGCCAGUUCAAUCCGAACGACAUUGACGAUGACGGUGAUGACGGCCUCGAAUACCGACGUUCCACUCGGAAUAGCAUACUGAGUCUAGGGGGAUCGAGCAAUCGAGGUGGUAACGGCGCUGCGGCCGGCGUCGCUGGUGCCGUGGCCGGCGGCGGCGUAAUAGGUGGACUCAUAGGAAGGAAUCGGAAUAGCGGUAUUAAUUAUGACCCAGUACAGAAUACGAGCUCUGCUGGCAGGCUUGGCGACGUAAGUAGUGGAUAUAAGACCGGCACCGGGGUAGAGAAACAGUCCGAAUGGUUGUCCAGUCAAAAUAACAGCCGCAAAAAGUGGAAAUGGUUCAUUCUGAUUGUCGUCGGCCUUAUUAUCGCUGGUGGAAUAGCAGGUGGUGUGGUCGGCGGAAUCUUGGCCAGUCGAAACAAUGGUGGUGGUAGUUCGGGCAGCUCUAGUGGAGUCCAAUCCGCCGAGUCGGACACAGCUCUGAAUGGGGAUCUGGACGACACAUCUACUGAGAUUCAAACGCUAAUGAACAAUCGCAACCUGCACAAGGUCUUUCCCGGUGUCGACUACACGCCUAUCAACGUUCAGUUCCCGGAUUGCCUUAAGAACCCGCCUUCCCAGAAUAACGUCACCCGAGAUGUUGCUGUACUCUCGCAGCUAACAAAUACCAUUCGACUCUACGGCACCGAUUGCAACCAAACGGAGAUGACGAUCCAUGCCCUACGUCAAUUAAAGCUCGAGAAUGAUAUCAAGAUAUGGCUUGGAGUCUGGCAAGACGGAAACGACACUACAAAUGAGCGCCAACUAAGCAAGAUGUGGAACAUCCUGGAUAAGUACGGGGCUGAUCCAUUCAAGGGACUCAUCGUUGGCAACGAGAUCUUAUUCCGACAGCAGAUGACCGCUUCAGAGCUUAGUAAACUACUGGACUCGGUACGAACUAACUUGACUAAGCAUAACUGGAAUCUCCCCGUGGCCACGAGCGAUCUCGGUGACAACUGGGAUUCGCAACUAGCCGGUAUGAGCGAUUACAUCAUGGGCAAUAUCCAUCCUUUCUUUGCCGGUGUCAAUGCUAAGGACGCCGCUUCUUGGACGUGGCAGUUCUGGGAGAACAAGGCCCACGGAUUCUUCAAGACGGAAACCGAGAAGAAUAUCAUCUCCGAAAUCGGUUGGCCGACGAAGGGUGGAACUAACUGUGGUGACGCCAAGGUGACAGACUGUCCUAACGGAUCAGUGGCCGGCAUCGACGAAUUGAAUACGCUGAUGGAGAAUUGGGUUUGCCAGGCCCUAGAGAAUGGGACCAACUAUUUCUGGUUUGAGAUGUUUGACGAGCCUUGGAAAAUCAGCUUCGACACGCCCGGAAAAGAGUGGGAAGAUCAAUGGGGCCUCAUGGAUGUCAAUAGGAACCUGAAAGAGGGCGUCAAGAUUCCGGACUGCGGAGGUAAAACAGUUUGA